AACUAUCCUUAUCUGACCAGUAAUCGUCCCCCGGCAGUCACGUUCAGUAAUCAAAGCUGUUCAGUUCAUACUUCUAUCCACCACUACGGACUGUAAGACAAUGAAGUGGGUGAUCAUAUCCGUGUUUUACGUGAUCGGAAGCAUCUCGGCCGACUUAUCAGAAUUCUCCACAUCAACCACCAGCUUCACAUGUGACUUCUUCAAACAAGUUUUCAAUCCAUCGGAAAAUGUCGUCAUAUCACCCAUUUCGAUCCAGACGUCCCUUUCGAUGUUCUACCCACUUGCCGGCAGCAAAGUAUCUCCGGACAUGCAGCGGCUCUUGUACUUACCAGCAGACAAAAACCAAGCUACGUCCAAUCUCCGUAAUUUCGUUCAAUCGCUGGACAAGCAAACCAACGUCGGAUCUUCAACCUUCAAGAUGCUCUCCAAAGUGUACCACGUAGACGCUGAGCUCAAACCGCAGGUCACACCACUGUUCAAGGAAACGUUCAGAGCGGAAGUCGAGUUGGCAGAUUUCAACGAUCAAGCGAAGGUCGCCGCAUCGGUCAACAGCUGGGUGGACCAGGCAACGAACGGAAUGAUCAAAGAGUUCAUGCAAGCCGACGAAGUCCGAGUGGACAACGAUCUGAUGCUGCUGAACGUUGUGGCGUUGAACGCCUCCUGGGAAGUCCCCUUCAAUCCCGAGGAGACCGAAUCGGUGAACUUCCACUUUGUCAACGGAGACCACCCGGUUCAGAUGAUGUUCAAACAAGAGCAGAUCCUCUACGCGAAUCUUCCAGAUCACGGCUGCCAGGCGGUGGAGUUGCUCUACGAAGACGGAACCGACCUGUCAAUGGUGGUUGUGCUGCCAAUGAAGAAGUCAUCGCUCGAAAACCUAGUUCGGGAGUUCAGUGUGGCCUUGUACGGGAAGAUCAACGAGCGGCUCAGCAUGGAACGGAUCCAGCUAGCGCUGCCCAAGUUUACGAUGCGGAAGAAAAUCGAUGCACAGCAGCUGCUGAAGAACAUGGGACUGAAGGCGUUGUUCGAGGAACUGGAUCUGGAUCUGUUGGUACGGGAUAAGUCGCGCAUCGGUGAGAUCCGACAGACGACGUUCAUCAAGGUCAACGAGAAGGGCACGGAAGGGGCUGCUGCUACUGAAACCCAAGCCGUGGGCCGCGCAGGCUACCCUAAUUUCUACGUUGACCAUCCCUUCCUCUAUCUGAUCCGGAAGCGCUCGACCAAGGAUAUCAUCUUCAUCGGACACUAUUCCGUGCAUGAACAGUGAGAACGUGUAUCCGUUAGCAGCAAGACCGGGAGUAGACUGAUCCAAGGUCUGCAUCCAACAGAUGGUCUGUCGGUUGCACUUCAAAAUAUAUGCUGAAGGAAGUUACCCAAAAGAAUUACUCAAUAAAGUUAAUCGACCUUCCUUCCCAGUCA